AUGUCAAGCGACGCAACCCCGGCAUCUGCGCCGUGGUACGCUGCGUACCCCGCUCCCAAGUCGGAGGUAGCCACCAUCUCAAGGGAGCAGGUUCUCGAAUUGCUCAAAACGACUCCGCCCGAGAAGAGGGACUUUGUGCUGGUUGACUUGCGGAGGAAUGAUUUCGAGGGCGGCACAAUCAGCGGAUCCAUCAAUCUCCCCGCGCAGAGCCUAUACCCCACGCUGCGCUCUGUCUACGCCCUGUUCAAAGCCGCGGGCCUGCGCAAAGUCAUCUUCUACUGCGGAUCGUCCACCGGACGCGGAAGCAGAGCGACGGGCUGGCUGGCCGAUCACCUCGCCGAGGUCGGCGACAAGGAUAUGAAGAGCCUUGCUCUUGCUGGCGGCAUCAAGGGCUGGGCUGCUGCCGGGAGCGAGUACGUCGAAUGGAUGGACGGCUACGACGCGACGGUGUGGUCGAAGGGCGGUUCUGGCUGCCAAUAG